AACGAAGAGAGUGAAGGGAAAAGGGAAAUCCAAGACCAAGACUAAGAGCCCUCGAAACCGCAUUCACUCCACCGUGUUUCCUUCCUUUUUUUUUUUAAUUUUUUUUUCCUUUCUCUUUUCAUUCAAUUCAAAUCUUUCAAAAUUUUCAAUUUCAAAUUAAGCGGAAUCAGGCGCACCACCAAACAGAUUUUUUUCCAUGUUAUUUAUGUGCAAGAUGAAUUCCCUCUUCGUGCCCGCGCUUUCAAACUUCCCUUCUUUCUCCAAACAAAUACCUCCCUCAUACCUUCCAUUCUCUGAAUAUCCUUUCUGCACUUCUUCCUCUCUCAAAAACUCUCAUUUUCUUCACCUUAAACCCCUCUCUUCUUUUGCUUGCUCGAUGUCGACUUCUUCCAAGGUUUCCGCUCCCCGAAUGGAGGUAUCUCGAUUGCCUUCCGGUGAGAUUCACGUUAUCAUCGGCCCAAUGUUCGCUGGAAAAACCACCGCUCUGCUUCGUCGAAUUCAGUCCGAAAGCAAUAAUGGAAGAAGUGUAGCGAUAAUAAAAUCGAAUAAAGAUACAAGAUAUGAAUUAGAUUCUAUUGUGACGCAUGACGGAGCAAAGUUGUCAUGCUGGGCUUUGCCGGAUCUAUCAUCAUUCAGAGAGAAAAUUGGGGUUGACGUUUAUGACAAGCUGGAUGUGAUUGGAAUCGAUGAAGCUCAAUUUUUUGAGGAUCUAUAUGGUUUCUGCUGCAAGGCAGCUGAUCAUGAUGGUAAGACUGUAAUUGUUGCAGGCCUGGAUGGUGACUACAUGAGAAGGAGCUUUGGUUCUGUGCUUGACAUCAUUCCUCUCGCUGAUUCUGUAACUAAGCUAACAGCUCGAUGUGAGUUUUGUGGCAAGCGUGCCUUCUUUACCUUAAGGAAGACAGAGCAGACACAGACAGAACUGAUUGGUGGGCCUGAUGUUUAUAUGCCUGUCUGCCGGCUGCAUUAUUUCAAUGGACAAGCAGUAAUUGAAGCUGCAAGGAUUGUCCUGGAAUCUCAAAGUAUUAAACGUGACUCGUAUCUUGAAGCAUCCCCAUUAUCUAACUAAUAUGGUCUAUGCCUAUGGUACAUGGCUUCUUUUUACAGCCUUAAAUGUUCUGUUGGGUGUAACUGUGUGAUUCUUGUUCUUCCCCUCCCCUUGUUCUGUAUCCCAUGACAGUUUUGAAGCUUUUAUGGGUUUCUUGGUGGGUUUUUGCAGUAUUUCUUCUAGAUUUGUACAUAUGUGGGAGCAGCAGUUAACUAUAGAGAUUGAUAAUAUAUGGGAAAACUAAUGAUAAUAUAUGGUGGUUGGCCAGUCUGUAGUCUCCGUGGGUAACCAUGGACCUAUUUUUCAUCAGGUAAUGGGAAGUGUGCUGUUUCAGUUGUUGCCUCUUGGUAUAAAGAGAUAAUCUAUUGGGUU